GUUACUUGUUUAGCCCUAAAGCAUGGUGAGACCUGUGGGAAACAGGAAGGUUCUUGCGGGCUAGGAGGGAGUGCAUGGAAGGGAAUGUACUAUGAAGACACAGGAUUUAAGCAAACUUCUGUCACUGAUCCUGAAACAAGGGUAGAAACCAGAUCUCUGGGCAGAAGUCCUGGGAGGUGUGGCUCAUUACGAAGAGCCCAGCAAGUGGAUGGGGGGAAAGGCCUGAGGAAAGGCUAAUAGUAAGGAGUCUAGGAAGCAGUGGCUAUGUGUCUGACUGAGCAGACCUUGGCUGCUCACCCUAGGGUCCCUAGACUGGAACCUGAUGUAGAGGGUGGACUUGAGUUCUUUUACUGACCAAUGGGGAAAGUGGUUUGAAGCCCCUCUGACAUGAGGAGAUAAGAAUGAUUUUAAAGGCCUGAGAAAAGGAUGUAAGGAUCCCUGGCCCCAAAGUCAGAGGCUGGAAACUGACACAAAGCCUUGAAAUGAUUUAUUGGACUUUCUGGCACCCUGGAAAGGGAGGGACUAAAAAGUGACCUGGCUGAAGGGCUGAAUGAUGAGAUGAGGCAGACCCCUAGAGCAACUGUUGGCAGGCAGCACUAGACAGGAAGGAGCUGCUACAGCACGCCCAGCCACCUGCAGUCCUUUAAAUAUCCCUGGAGGAGUGUAAUUCUGGCCCCGGCUGCUCUGGGAGCUGGAGGACUUCUGGUUUGUUGGCUCCUGUCUAGACGGAAGAUCAAGACUCUAGAAAUGGGAGAUGGAUGGUGGGGCUCAGGCGAGAGGCCCCCAAGAGAGAAAGAAGAUGAGAGAAUCCGAUCCUUCCAAAUUGAAACCUCUGAGAGGGAAAUUCAGGAACUGCACCAGCGCCUGGACCAGGCCCGCUACACACCACCACUUGAGGGAGUUGCCUUCCAGUAUGGUUUCAACUCCACUUACCUACAGAAAGUUGUUGCCUAUUGGAGGAACCAGUUUGACUGGCAGAAGCAGCUGGAAAUUGUGAACCAAUAUCCACAUUUCAAAACAACCAUUGAAGGGAUUGAAGUCCAUUUUGUCCAUGUGAAGCCCCCUGGCAUCCCGAAGGGUCAGGCAGCCAGGCCUUUGUUGAUGGUGCAUGGCUGGCCUGGCUCCUUCUAUGAGUUCUAUAAGAUCAUCCCACUGCUCACUGACCCAGCUGGGCACGGCCUGAAUGAGGAUGUGGUGUUUGAGGUCAUCUGCCCAUCCAUCCCAGGCUAUGGCUUCUCCGAGGCACCUCACCAACAAGGUUUUGACACGCUGGCUGCUGCUCGGAUAUUUCACAAGCUGAUGCAGAGACUGGGCUUCCAGGAGUUCUAUGUACAGGGAGGAGAUUGGGGCUCUCGGAUCACCGUAAACAUGGCCCAGAUGCUGCCAAAGUCCGUGAAAGGGCUUCAUCUGAAUCUUGUCUUCAUCACCUUAGGAGGUUUGGGGAGGCUGGUGUCUUUACUGCUGGGGGCUUACGUGCCAUGGCUGGUGGGCCUCACCAGGGAAGACUCCCGCCGCUUAUACCCAUACUUGGAGAAGAACGUGUAUGAACUUCUGCGGGAAACCGGGUAUUUGCACAUCCAGGCCACCAAGCCAGACACAGCAGGCAGUGGACUAAACGACUCCCCCAUGGGACUUGCUGCAUACAUUCUGGAGAAGUUCUCUACCUGGACCGAUAGAUCAUUCCGGGACAUGGACAAUGGAGGUCUGGAGAGGAAAUUCUCUAUGGAUGACCUUUUGACCAAUGUGAUGAUUUAUUGGGUAACUUCAUCCAUUGUGCCCUCAAUGCGCUUCUACAAGGAGAAUAUUUCCAAGAACCCCAACACUGCUCCCGAUGCCAGGAUUGGAGUGUACGUACCCACUGGCAUUGCUGCUUUCCCCCAGGAGCUUGCACAUUGCCCACGCUCCUGGGCAAAGAAGUUGUUGAAGAACAUAGUUGUCUACUCCUACAUGCCACGUGGGGGUCAUUUUGCUGCCUUCGAGGAACCAGAACUCCUGGCACAGGAUAUCAGGCAGUUGGUCAGAAAGGUGGAGCAUUUGUGAGCCAUGAGCAAGCGGGGGGCAGUAUGCACAGAUAAAUGGGCGCACAUUGCUAGACCACCAGCCUGAGGUAAUUAAUAACUGCAUUUCUGAUAACACUUUAUAAAGCCAAAUAUCCAUUUGCUUGGUAGCUGCAGCCAUCAGCCUCAAAAAAAUGCCAGAUGGUUAAAAAUCAAUUUCUAGAGCUUUUAAUUUAAAAAAUAACCAUUAAAUUCCCACUGAAA